UGUGGACGCAGUGACAAAUGCUCAGAUUGAAAUCACGUGAUAAAGUAAAUAAAUGAGUGCAAUUGUAUUACUCAGUAUUUAAACUUCACUUAAGGAAGGAUGUUAUGUGUGAGGAUUGUGCGUUUGUUGGUUUCCGUGUAGGUCUUGUUGAAGUCUCAUUCUUGUUUCAACUCAAACUGCUAGCAUACAUGUCCGAGAUCAAUGUGUUACCAUGAUGAUUUCUUUGAUCUUCGAAUUCAACAAAGGAGACUAAGCAGCUGGUGAAGACAUUUUAAAAAAAUAUUUUUGACAAUUGGUUGUGUGAUUUAGAAUGGGAGGAUCAGGUACGUGAAGUUAAGUACAUUUACGAGUAUAUAGUGGUUUAGUGGUGAAAGAUUUUAUUUCAUUUGUUAUGCAUAAUAGUGCCUAGAUUCUAUAAGUGGUGCACAUAUAGUGUGCAGUACAAAAACAGCAGAUGAUAGAUGUAUAACAUUACAAUAAUACCCUGCAAACAUUUUGUUUACUUUCCUUGUUUAAAUUGCUUAUAUGUUAUAAAUUUCCGCAAAUACACUUCCAAGGGUUUAUAGAGGAAAACAAUCAUUUGAAUCAUAUUUUGUUCAGGAUCAUUCCUAUGGCAUUGCAAACCACCUUAUUCGAUACAUACAUAUUCUUAUAUAGAAUCGUUUUGCACUUCCACGGCUUCAUUCAUAAGCAUAGUGCCUCGUAUGCUAUGUAGUCAACACAGUUAUAUAGAAAGUAUUUGAACAACUUUAUUUUUCUUUCAUUUAAGUGAUUAGUAUUUUAUUCAUGUAUAUAUAGAAAAUACAUAAAUAAAUAUAUAUGUAAAUUAUAUAUAUAUGUGUGUGUAUAUAACAAAUUUGAAUGAUUGGGUAAUUUACAAUCUGACAUGAUGACGUAACAGUAUAUUAUUAGUAUGUACAGUCGCUGUCGAUUUCAGGAAAGCUAACAUACGGGCAUCUCAUUCUCGAGAGCAGGAUCUUGUAAUUAAUUUUUUUCUCUCUCUAAAAAGAAAUCUAACUGCAUCCGGUUCUCGAUGAUGAUGUCUAACUCCAUACCUAUCCACUUCCGGGUCUCGUUCUAACAAUGAAAACGACAGAUUUGACUUUACUUAUCACUUGACUUCUGUAUGUUUGGUAUACGAUUCAUUACACUCGCCUAACUCGUGAGGCCAGUGGAAUGGAGUGACGUAAAUGUGGAGGAAACCGAUUAUAUAUCAGAUUCUGUUUUUCUCUCGAUCAUUACCUCUUCCUCUGUCGUCUUCCCUCUGACGUGUACUGCACUCAACAAUGACCUUGAAGACUCGUUUCGGAGAUGUUAUCAUUUCGUGCAACUAGACGAAACAACACCAACAAGAUCUUCAGCAUACUUCAAACACCCGCAUUGAAUCUGUCUAGCUUAUAAAACUAAGAAAUGGAAAGACGUCUGUGUACAUCUAAGCCUGAUUCAUUGAGUCUUCUUUAAAAAUGUACAUACAGCCCUCUAAGGCAUUGUUUCUGGAAUGAGACUAAGAUUUUUAUCCACAUCUCUUAUCCAUAAUUCUGUAAUUGACAAAUAUCCGCACAAAAGCAGCAAAGAAUGUUCUCAUUCAUCCAGUAGAAAAUGACAACAAUUUAAUAUAAACAGAUGUUGCCUUAAACGCAGUUUUAUCGUGUUCAAGUAUAUAAGGAGACAAGGGAUGCAAAUUGCAAAGUUUUGCACACACGCUGCCAUGGAUACACAACAUACACUAUCUUUGCAAAAAGAAGUACAGUAAUUUCACUUCCUGGUAUUAAAGACCAAGUUGUUUAUAGACAAUUUCAUACCCUUUCUGUAUUAGAUUCUGCGAAUUCAAUUAUCAGUUUUUAAAGGAUAUUUUGUCGAUUUGACCGAGGAUAUUAAAGGGGUGUAAAAAUUUGGCAUAUUUUAUCAUGAUUCGUGACACUAUUUCUAAACGGUUAUCGUAUAUAUACCAUUCAAAUGUUGGUUGGAUGUUUUUGUUGUUGGUUUUUUUUUGUUUUUUGUUUUUGUUUUUUUUUGUUUUGUUUUUUUUUUGUUUUUUACAAAAUAACCAACAAAAAAAAUAUAAAUAAAUAAAUAAAAAUCGGAAAUUUAACCUUGUAUUUUCAUAGGGUAUGAUUGUAAAUAUUUUACAAUUAUUUAUGUCCGAAUGAGACGUUAUCACUCAACGUAUACUGAAAAAUAAAGUCUAGUAUUAUUAGAUAUUAACAUCACUAUGAAUGAACCAUUUGCUCGAGCUCACGAUACUAAAUCAAAUACGAGGCGUGUAUCCUGUCGUGACUCAUCUUAUUGUUUAGAUCAUUAUUAAUUCGUCUUAAAAUCAGACUUCAUUGAUGCGUUUUGAAUUUUGAAAAGACGAAGAAAAUCAUUUAUAAAUAGCCCAAAGCUCUAAAAUGGUGAAAAGCCACCAAAAUUGCUUUCUGUCAUCAAUUACAUCUGGCCCAAUUACCUGGGGUCAAGCUGUGACAUAUUUAUUUUCCUUACAUGAAAAAAUUGACUCUAGUAAGUACGAAAUUCGUUAGAGGGACAAGAUUUCAUGAAAGAAUGUUCUGUUGUGGAAAAUUGAUCGGGUGUUUUAGCUCUAAAGAAGGUAAAUGACUGAGUUCGUUCGUUUCUUUAUCAGUAUACAUGUUGUAACACUAGUACAUGCGUGCUUUUUAUAUCUGACAGGCGUUAUACUCCAUGUUAACUUCACCACAAAACAAUCUAUUCAUAGAGAAUGGUGUACGUUUCAUUGAAAGUCGUGUGUCUGGGUUACCCUUUUUACUGCAUUAAAAGCGCCAUUAUUAGUCUAUAUAUGUAUAUACUCUUAUCAAUUUUAACCCCUUCUGUCGCCUCAAUGUUUACUUCCUGAAUGGAUAGAGUUUGGUUGUCGUCUGCUGUAACUGUCGUUAUAUUCUGACUUAACUCUCUCAUGUUUAGUGAUCACCACAACAAGAAUGACAUUUUGGACUAAACUUAAAUCACUGGUAGGGCUUGGUGAUGGGUCAAAGAAAACGGCUACCAACAACGAAGAUGGUAAUGAUAAAAAAGACGUCCGAGGGUCAGUUAAAGAGAGACACCAUCCCUACGAAGAAUGUCAUCCGGAAGACGAUGACAAUAAAGCAGACCCGGGGGUAGAAGAACAGUUUAAAGUGGCAAGGGCACCUCGACAGUACGAAGAUAUAGACAAAGAUUUUGACCAAGAGAAAUCGGAGACGAAGGAUUCUAGCAAUUCAAGCAACCAGAAGAGUUAAAUUAUGUGGAUGUGGAA